GGGGGAAGAGAGGAGAGACAGGGAGAGGACGGGAUCCACCAGCUCUCCUUCAGCAUCUCCCACCUGGAAACCCGCGGAGAGGAGCUGCCCCCCAGGACACCUCUGCUGAGCAUCCCUUAGCACGACAUAUGUUACAGCAACACGCACGGCUGCUCUCCCCUGCCAGGAAAGACGAGAAGGAGGGAGAGGGAAGGGACAGAAGGCAGCUGCAGAGUUCUCCAGGGAUUUUCCGUGUAAUCGAUGCUGGCCGGUGCCCCCGGGAGCUGCCGCCGGCCGCGGCUCCGAGUGCGGAAUGUGAGCAUCGCCCGGGGGCAGCCUGCCUCCCGGAGCUGAUCCCCCUGCUCUGAUGCCGCUCUGGAUGUCCCGGUGAGAACUCCCAGAGAUGCCUAUUCUCUCCAGAGGCAGUGACCAAGACUAUAGCAACAUUAGCUACAAUUCCUGCAAUUCCUUGAGCCACCUCUUUCCCAUCUGCGUGGAAACCCCUUCUGUCAAGGGGGUCCAUUACCAGCGAGCCAGGAGGAUUUACCGCCCUGACCAAGUGUCUGCAGCCGAUCUCAAGACAGAGAUCAUGAUCAACGUUGGAGGCAUCAAGUACCUGCUGCCUUGGAGUACUCUGGACGAGUUUCCCCUGACCAGACUGAGCAAACUAAAGCUCUGCAGCAGCUACGAGGAAAUCAUCCAGCUGUGUGACGACUACGACGAAGACACGCACGAGUUCUUCUUCGACAGGAACCCCAACGCUUUCGGGAUGAUUGUCAGCUUCCUGGCGGCGGGGAAGCUGAUGCUGCUGAGAGACAUGUGUGCCUUGUCUUUCCAGGAGGAGCUGAGGUACUGGGGCAUUGAGGAGUCCAACCUGGAGAACUGCUGCUUUCGGAAGCUGUUCCAGAAGCUGCAGGAGCUGGCCGAGGUGCGCAAGGAAGAGGAGCUCCGCAGGAGCAAGGAGGCGUCGUGUGUCCUGGAUGAGAAAACCAGGUUUGGGCAGUUCAUGAACAGACUCAGAGACAUGGUGGAGAAUCCCCAGUCAGGACUGCCAGGCAAAGUCUUUGCUUGUCUCUCCAUCCUCUUUGUGGCCACCACAGCCAUCAGCCUUUGCGUGAGCACAAUGCCAGACUUGAGAGCUGAGGAGGACAGGGGCGAGUGUUCCCAGAAGUGCUAUUACAUCUUCGUCAUCGAGACCGUCUGCGUGGCCUGGUUCUCCCUGGAGUUCUGCCUGCGCUUCAUCCAGGCCAGGAGCAAGUGUCAGUUCUUCAAAGGCCCCCUGAACAUCAUCGACUUCGUGGCCAUCUCCCCGUACUACGCCUCCCUCAUCUUCUCGGAGGACGAGGCGGGCGAGGAGGAGGACAGGCCGAGCAGCAGCACGUACCUGGAGAAGGUGGGGCUGGUGCUGCGGGUGCUGCGGGCCCUGCGCAUCCUGUACGUGAUGCGGCUGGCGCGGCACUCGCUGGGCCUGCAGACCCUGGGGCUCACCGUGCGCAAGUGCACCCGCGAGUUCGGCCUGCUGCUGCUCUUCCUCUGCGUGGCCGUCACCCUCUUCUCCCCGCUGGUCUACCUGGCCGAGAACGAGUCGGGCAGGGUGCUGGAGUUCACCAGCAUCCCCGCCUCCUACUGGUGGGCCAUCAUCUCCAUGACCACCGUGGGCUACGGGGACAUGGUGCCGCGCAGCGUGCCGGGGCAGAUGGUGGCCCUCAGCAGCAUCCUCAGCGGCAUCCUCAUCAUGUCCUUCCCCGCCACCUCCAUCUUCCACACCUUCUCCCACUCCUACUCCGAGCUGCGCAAGGAGCACGAGCGGCUGCAGUCGCGGCUGAGCCGGGCCAAGGACGGCAACUGCUCCAGGGAAAGUGACACCUUCAACGAGACUGACAGCCUGGGGCUGGAGGGACAGGCAUCCCCCAUCAAGUACAUCUACACGGGCAACUGAGCCUGCAGGCACAAUCAAACCCAUCCAGACAGGGAACUGAGCCUGGAGUCCCCCAUCAAAUACAUCUACAUAGGGAACUGAGGCUGGAGUACAAUCAAACCCAUCCAGACAGGUAACUGAGGCUGGAAUCACAAUCAGACUCAUCUACACAGGGAACUGAGGCUGGCAUCCCCCAUCAAGUACAUCUACACAGGGAACUGAGGCUGGAGUCACAAUCAGACUCAUCUACACAGGGAACUGAGCCUGGCAUUCCCAUCAAAUACAUCCAGACAGGGAACUGAGCCUGCAGUCACAAUCAGACUCAUCUACACAGGGAACUGAGCCUAGAGUCCUCCAUCACAUACAUCUACACAGGGAACUGAGGCUGGCAUCCCCAUCAAAUACAUCCAGACAGGUAACUGAGGCUGGAAUCACAAUCAGACUCAUCUACACAGGGAACUGAGCCUAGAGUCCUCCAUCAAAUACAUCUACACAGGGAACUGAGGCUGGAGUCACAAUCAAACACAUCCAGACAAGGAUCUGAGCCUGGCAUCCUCCAUCAGAUAAAUCCACACAGGCAACUGAGCCUGGCAUCCCCAUCAAAUACAUCCACACAGGGAACUGAGUCUGGCAUCCUCCAUCAGAUAAAUCCAUAUAGGGAAUGGAGCCUGGAGUCCCCAGUCAGAUAAAUCCACACAGGGAAUGAGCCUGGCAUCUCCCAUCAGAUAAAUCCAUACAGGGAGCUGAGCCUGGCAUGGGGUGUUCCCAAAACCCCUGACAGGAACAUGCACAUAUGUGUCAGCAAAAUGCACAAAGCACAGCAACACCAUAGGUUACAGUGCUAUCCCCUCUCCUGGCAUAGGUAUAAGCAGCAGCCAAGCCAACACAGCCAGCUCCAAAAAAUCCCCAUGGAGCUAGAGUUUGGGAGAAUGUAGAAAGUCAGUUUAUUCAGUGAUAAAUGCUCAUUCUUCUCUAUGGCUACUAAGAAUAAACUUUGCCUCUACCACUCAUGCAUCUUGCUGGAUACCUGAUACUGGAUGAGUAACAAACAAAUCAGCUUCUGUUGGCGCAAGCACACUUGUUAUUUUAUUUGCCUUUGAGUUUCCAGUGUUUUUUGCAAUGAACAUCCUGAGCCAGGCGUUAGGACACAUUCUUUCAGGGCUACACACCAGUGUGGUUAUGCACAGCUCAUCCACCAGGCACACAGAUACAAAUCUGAGUUCUGUAUUUAAAGCCAGUAACAAGCUUAAAAUAAAACUGCUGUAUGUGACAGCUUUCAAAGUUUGCCUGUAGCCAGACGAUCAAUCUGUACCUAACAAAUUGCACUGCUUUGUAUAAAACACAUACUGUUUGCAAGAGCAUUUGCUUGAAAUGCAGUUGUGGUCUGCAGACUGUAAACAUAUCAUACUAGACAGCAAAAGUCUUCUAACUUCUUUUUCAUAUAAUUAUUUAAAAUAAAAACGAGGAAUAAAAAAAGCUCAAGCUUACUGGUCAUACC